AUGGCCGAGAAUAUGUCAACAGUCGGGAACGCCUCAGCUUCUAUCCAUACGGGGGACUUUGGAUUCUCACCAACGUUUCUCAGCCUCAUUGCAGGAGUGGCUGUUAUCGUACUUCUCAUCAGCAGGUGGUCCACUCCUAACCUCGACGAUCGAGAGCCGCCGGCUUUGAAAUCUCGGGUUCCGGUGAUAGGCCACUUGAUCGGCCUUCUCUGGCACCAAGGCCAGUAUUUCAAAGUCUUAUAUGAGAGAGGCUUGCCGAUAGCAACCCUGCCGAUUCUCAACGGCAAACUCUACGCCAUCUGGGACCCGGCCCUCGUGCAGUCUGCCUACCGCAACAAAGACCUCUCAUUCGAGCCCUUCGCCGUUGAGUUCGCCCAGAAAGACCUCGGACUAAGCAACGAUGUAGCCAAGCUGCUGCGGGAAACGGACCUUGUACCGGACUUUUUCGGAGUCAUCCACCCCGCGUUGAACGGUGCCCAUCUUCACCGCAUGAACGCCAACGCGCUGAAGUACGUCUCCGCGGAGCUCGACAGGAUCGGUGGAGGAGUCGGCAAUGAGAGCGGACUUUAUGUGCCGAAUUAA